GGUUCCUCUCUUCGUUUCUCCUCCGGUUCAACCGUUCAUUCAGUCCUCUGGUAGCUCGCACGGUUGAUACACUGGUUUAAUCCAUUUAUCUUCAACCGACACCCGGGGGAGAAGCUGUGCAGCUCUUCAAAUAGCCGUGUUAGUUAUUUAACCAGCCGGUGUUCUCUCCGUUACCGUGCCUCCACCAUGGCGAGCUACCAUAAACCGGACGAGAAGACACUGCAGGGCCUGAAAGACAUCGCUAACAAGUUACGGAUCAACUCGGUCAAGGCAACAUGCGCCUCCAACUCCGGUCACCCCACCACAUGUUGCAGCGCCGCAGAGCUGAUGUCCGUGCUGUUCUUCCACACGAUGCGUUACAAAGCCACCGACCCACGCAACCAGUGCAACGACCGAUUCGUGCUUUCCAAGGGUCAUGCUGCACCAAUCCUGUACGCUGCCUGGGCAGAGGCGGGCUUUGUGAAGGAGGCUGACCUGAUUAACCUUAGGAAGAUAGACUCUGACCUGGAGGGUCACCCCACACCCAAACUGGAGUUUGUUGACGUGGCAACGGGGUCUCUGGGACAGGGGCUUGGGGCCGCCUGCGGCAUGGCCUACACCGGGAAACACUUCGACAAGUCCAGUUACCGUGUGUACUGUAUGCUGGGUGAUGGGGAGUGUUCAGAGGGGGCUGUCUGGGAAGCCAUGGCGUUUGGUUCCCACUACAACCUGGAUAACCUGGUGGCUGUUAUCGACGCUAACCGCCUGGGACAGAGUGAAGCUGCUCCUCUCAAACACGACAUGGACGUCUACCGCAGACGCUGCGAAGCGUUCGGGUGGAACACCUAUGUGGUGGAUGGUCAUGACGUUGAGGAGCUGUGUAAAGCUCUGUGGCAGGCCCGGCAGGUGAAGGGGAAACCCACUAUGAUUGUCGCCAAAACUUUCAAGGGUCGAGGACUCAAAGGCAUAGAGAACACGGAUAACUGGCAUGGGAAGCCCAUGCCCAAGGACCGGGCCGAGGAGGCCAUUAAAGACUUAGAGUCUCAGAUUCAGAACCCCAACAAGACCAUCUGCCCCGAGCUACCCAAAGAAGACACCGCUCCCGCUGACCUCUCACCUCUCACCCUGCCUAGCCCUCCCAAUUACAAGAUCGGAGACAAGGUGGCUACUCGUAAGGCGUAUGGCGUGGCCUUGGCUAAACUGGGUCAGUCCAGUCCGCGGGUGGUGGCUCUGGACGCUGACAUGAAGAACUCCACCUUCUCUGAGAUGUUCCACAAGGCCUACCCCGAGCGCUUCAUAGAGUGCUUCAUCGCUGAGCAGAACAUGGUGAGCGUGGCGAUCGGCUGUGCCACACGGGACCGCACGGUGGCGUUCGCCAGCACCUUCGCGGCCUUCCUGUCCCGGGCUUACGACCAUAUCAGAAUGGCCGCCGUCUCAGAGUCUAACAUCAACCUGGCGGGGUCACACUGUGGAGUCUCUAUCGGUGAGGAUGGCCCCUCCCAGAUGGCGUUGGAAGACAUUGCCAUGUUUCGCGCUAUCCCAACAUGCACUCUGUUCUACCCAAGUGACGGCGUCUCCACUGAGAGGUCUGUGGAGCUGGCUGCUAACACCAAGGGAAUCUGUUUCCUCCGCAUCACCAGACCAGAACUAAAGGUGAUCUACGACCCCAACGAGAAGUUUGAGGUGGGCGUGGCCAAGGUGCUGCGUCAGUCCGACAGCGACCGGGUGACUGUGAUUGGAGCUGGAGUGACUCUGCAUGAAGCUCUGACUGCUGCUGACCAGCUGGCCAGCGAGGGAGUGAACAUCCGUGUGAUUGACCCGUUCACCAUCAAGCCCCUGGAUGCCGCCACCAUCGUGUCGAGCGCCCGCGCCACCGGAGGGAGAAUCAUCACCGUGGAGGACCACUACAGAGAGGGUGGUCUUGGGGAGGCGGUGCUGUCUGCGGUGGGGGAGGAGCCUGGUAUCAUGGUGACACGCCUGGCGGUGAACCGUAUACCCCGGAGUGGAAAACCUCAGGAGCUCCUGGACCUGUACGGCAUCAGCGCCAAACAUAUCGCCAACGCCGUGCGCCAGACCUUCGCUAACUGAGGCGGCCGAUGGGCCCUGGUUUAAAGUAGUGCACUAAUAUAGGGGGACAUUUGGGAUAAACAACUCUUCUCUGCUCUCAUACCACCUGUCACCCCCCCCUCUCUGACCUGUCCCCCCCCUCUCUGACCUGUCACCCCUCCCUCCCUCUGUAGUCUGAGGUGUGAAAUGACGUACCUCUUUUCUGAACCUUUCUCCACCUUUCAAUUCUAUUGAAGAUGAAUUGUGUAUGUCAGAUUUCCUUUGUACCCAUUUCUCUGCAUCGCUCUUCAUUCCAGUUGGUUCCGGGGUCUUUAUUUCCUGUUCCAUUUCUCUGCAUCGCUCUUCAUUCCAGUUGGUUCCGGGGUCUUUAUUUCCUGUUCCAUUUCUCUGCAUCGCUCUUCAUUCCAGUUGGUUCCGGGGUCUUUAUUUCCUGUUCCAUUUCUCUGCAUCGCUCUUCAUUCCAGUUGGUUCCGUGGUCUUUAUUUCCUGUUCCAUUUCUCUGCAUCGCUCUUCAUUCCAGUUGGUUCCGGGGUCUUUAUUUCCUGUUCUAACUGUUCCAAACCACCUGCUCAUUCAGUCCUGACACGGUUACAGGCACACCGCCAUCUUGGUUUCUCAUUGAGCCGGCAUGGUGUCUAACCACUGCUUGUUGCUUGUCGUGGCCUUGUUUUCUACUGAUGCAGGGAAUUCACAUUGUGUUUUCUACUGAUGCAGGGAAUUCACAUUGUGUUUUCUACUGAUGCAGGGAAUUCACAUUGUGUUUUCUACUGAUGCAGGGAAUUCACAUUGUGUUUUCUACUGAUGCAGGGAAUUCACAUUUGACAGACCAGAGUUGUAAUGACUUACAAAAGAGCUGAAUUUAAACUGCUAUAUAAUAUACUGUUCUCCUGCCCUGUUGGUAUCUGACCUUGAUCUCUUCAUGUCUGUUACUCUGAUGCUCCCAGGCCCUGUCAACUCCUGGUUGGUUUGUAUUGCUGAAAUAAAAACCUGACCCAA